AUGGCCCCAUUCCGUAACUUCCUCGGCCGAAAGCCCCAGCCCAAUGGUGGGGAAAUCGACGGCUUCAACGAGAACAAUGAGAACAAUUCGCCCAGUCAGCUCCAGCGUCCCGGUCCCACACCAAUCGAGGUACGGGGAAGCCAAGAUGGCAUGCCUCCUGAGUACAAAUUGAGUGUUGUGAAUGACAGCGGCGUCUAUCUUCCACCCUCACCACCAGAGAAGCAGAGUUUCUGGUCCCGCUAUCCCGGCUCAACACGAUCAUCAAAUCACCACCGCGAUCUAGUGGAUGAGAACGAACCAUUCUCAAUAUCGCGCGAAUCUUUCGACUCUUACCGUCGGUCUUUUGACAUCUCCGCCCGCGCUCCAGUAUGUCACCACGAUGCCGUCCCAGCCCGCACCUCCCUCGACUCCCGGUUCUGCCGAGUUACAUCACCUGCCGUGCGAUCCACCACUUUUGAGAAGCCCGAGGUUAUGAAAGAAGAGGUCUUCGAAGAAGUUGGUCUCAACGACGAAGUCAAGCCUAAGAAGAAGAGCAUUUUCGCUCGGUUCGGCGAUUCCAGUGAUGCGCCAUCAUCCGGCAAGUCUACUCCCUUUGGGUUCCAUAUGCCCGGCAGGAAGCGUGGGCAGAGUGGCGGGGCCUCUGAAUUGAAUUCUAUUGCCAAGCCUGAGUCCAUGACGACAACUACCUCUGAGAUUAAUGGUGACUGA